ACGUAAAUACAGUCUGCUUUGCUCUUACCGUUAGGUUUUAAGUUUCUAAUGUUUUUCUUUCUUAUAUGUUUAGCUAGUUUAACAAAAAUAUUAACUUUGGGGUAUGUAACGUUAUGGGCCUCGUAUGCUACAUUUUACACGUCUCUUCACGUCUUAUGAGAUAUUGUGUUUGUUUUGAAUAGAUAUCAGCAUCGAUAACAAGUCAUUUUCAUGGCUAUAUUUGACCUUAACUUUUUGCGAAGUGAAAUGCUAAACUUCAAAUAAACGUUUCACAGUUAUUAUGCAUGCAGUUUUCAUGACCUGUAUUACAUAGAAUAUUUACGAUACACUUGUAAAAUGUUAUUUGGUGAUUGAAAAUGAACUAGUGAAGAAAAAAAAGAAAAAAAUGCAUCAGUUAGAAGACCUAUUAUAUAGCAUUAACUUUAUUCUUUUCUGUACAUUUUACAUUAAAAUCUUGAUGUUGAUUAACCAGAAGGAUUGUGUUGUUAUGCCUCCCUAAUAUUGUGCAAUCAAUACAUAAAAUCAUCUAUAAUGUAUUAUUAAACAUGAUCUAUUAAUUUCUGGUUAUUGAAAAGUAACUGACCUAUAUCAUUAACUGUCAGUAAAUUUCUCUGAGUGAAAUCAAAGUAUGUCUCGCAUUUGUAAGAAGGAACCUGCCGUGUGCUCAGAUUAACCACUUUCCAACAGUAAAAUCUGCCAAAAGAUGGCUCUUUUGAGAAAUAUACUCAGUACUGCCUAUGGACCUACUGGCAGACUGAAAUAAAUACACAACAAUGUUGGAGGCUACAUCUUAACAACUUCGACCUCUACAGCCCUGCUCAAGCGAGUGGAUAAGUCUGAGCUGCUUCUCAAAAUGAUCUCAACUGCUGUUCAACAUCACACCACACGGUACAAUGACUCUGGGCUGUUUAUGGGGAUUCUGAUGCCUAGACUUAUAGAAAAUAAUAAAAAAAAAUAUAACCUCAGGACAUUUGCAGCAGCCAAGGUUUAUAAACAUAUUGUGGAAGAAUGUAACAUGUAUCUUAAAGGAGACUCUUGUGGUUGUAAGGAGCCAGUAGACUUCAACAGCUGUGAUUCACUCAUUGCACUGGCCCACAGCAUGAUCACGAUCAAACCAGCCUGAACGUUGAAUAGCAAGGAAACGCAGCAUAUCAGUUCACUGAUCGCACAGGUCUUCCUGUAUUCCAUCCCUUGCAACUCUUCUGGUCUGACCUGCUUUGGAAGGACAGUCACCAUCAGCAUCGAGGGUGUGAGUGAUUCUUCUGUUUUCCCAGGACUGCUGGUGGAUGUCCCUGAAAUGCUUCAGACUGUGGAUCUUAAGAGACUGGGACCUGCUCCAUUUAAGGAAGUGGUUUUCAACGUAUCACUGUCAGGUGAUAUUUCUGAUCUUGAAGAUGUGGUUUUAGAGAUCCAUAGAGGUGUGGACCCAGAGCGUGAUCUCCUUCAGCAGCUCCUGAAGAUCGGAGAACAUGUUGUUAAGGACAAAAUGAGAUUAUUUGCUUGCCAAAAAGUAGUGCAUCCUAUUCUGCAGGACUACUUAAGGAAACAUGGAGUGGCAGUGAUCGAUUGAGCAUUGCUCAUGUAUGAUUUUUCUCCCAUUUUUCAAAUCUUGAAGGUUCCAUGGGCCUCUUUUAUGAACACUGAUCUGUAGUUCUUUCCAUAGAUGUUUCUGUUGGAUUCAAGUCAGGUGAUUGGCUGGGCCAUUCUAGUAGCUUUACUUUCUUUCUCUAAAAUCAAAUAAGUGUUUCCUUGACUGUGCGUUUGGGAUCAUUGUCUUGCUGGAAUGUCCACCCUUGUUUCAUCAUCCUGGUUGACGGCAGCAGAUUCUUAUUAUUGUAUUAUUACUAUAUUCUCCCAGUAUUUCACAGGCUUGUCUAAAUGUUGUGCAGCAAACUUUAAACGAGCUUCAGAUAUACUUUUUCUUCAGCAAUAGAGCCUUGCAUGGAGAGUGUGCAUACAGGCUAUAGUGAUUGAGUACAUUACUUAUUGUACUUAUUUUCUUUGAAACAAUUGAACAUGCUAAAUUCAGGUCUUUCUGAAGCCCUUCAAAACUGUUCCUUGGCUCUUGGACAACUCUUCUGAUAAUUAUUUUCUCUCCUCUGUCAGAAAUCUUGCGAGGAGCACCUGGUCAUUACCGGUUUAUGGUGAAAUUAUGUUCUUUCCACUUCUGGAUUAUGGUCUCAACAGUGCUAACUAGAGCAUUCAGAAAUAUAGUAAUUCUUCUGUAACCAAUGCCAUCAGCAUAUUUUGCAACAAUAAGAUUUCUUAAAUCAAUGAAAUGUUAAUUGUGGGACAAAUCGGUCAUGAGACACCUUUUUAUUUGCAAUCAGCUGGGACUGAACCAACUAAAAUAAUUUCCACUGACUAGGGGCAGGAUUGCUUUCUAAUUACUGAUAGAGUUCAGCUGGUGUCUUGGAUUUCCAUGCCUUUUUGCACCUCCCUUUCUUCUUGUGUUCAAUACUUUUUCUUUAUUACACAGAAUUUAAUUUCUGAACAGUUUUUGGUUUUUGCUUUCCUUGUACAGUAUGUAUGGAUUACUUGGAUUGUUAUCGACAUCUGGUGAAAAUUUCAU